CAACGGGGAAUAACAGCACUCAAGACUAAUGAUACGUCAACGUGCCAACUCUCAAUUUCCGCUGUGUUGUCAAUAAAUUUAUUCCUCUGCUCCUCAUCUUUCGCGCGUGUAAAAAUUUGGAUGAAAUAAGGUGCGAAAACUUUCGGUGAGAAUAUGUCUGGCUACGCCGGGCCGGAAGAUUACUGGUCCCAACCACCCCAAGGACAAUAUAACUUUGACGCAUCGGGAGGCUUCGGCCAACCUAACCAACAAUUCGAGUUUCAAACAUACACCGAGCAACAAGCAGGCGAUUAUUCAAGUUUCAAUCAAAAGCCAUACUUGGAUCCGACUCAAAAUGCUUAUGGAGGUGACAUGUACGCUCAGGAUGAUUUCGCCAAAGGAACGCCUGGAUUCGACGAGGAAGAUGAACCCCCGCUUUUAGAAGAACUUGGCAUAGACCCUGACCGCAUAAUCCAGAAGACUCUGGCCGUUUUGAACCCAUUUCACAGACGAGGACAAACAGAUGAUGCAAACUACCUCCUUCAAGAUUCAGAUCUCGCUGGUCCGGUUGCAUUCUGUUUGGUACUAGCAGCAUUUUUGUUGCUUGCUGGAUCUAAAGCACAUUUUGGCUAUGUUUAUGGACUCGCCGUAACGUCGUGCUUAAUGAUGUAUGUCUUGCAAUCGCUGAUGAGCAGCACCGGGAAUAUAACACUGUCAUCGGUUGCAUCCGUUUUGGGAUAUUGUAUAUUACCUGUGGUUGGUCUGGCUGGGUUGAGCAUCUUCACUACAUUGCGAGGUCCGAUAGGAAUGGGUCUAGCCGCAUUUGCUGUAACUUGGGCCACUCUCUCAGCAUCCAGACUCUUUGCAGCCAUGUCCUGUGAAGAAAAGCAACGUCCAUUGAUCGCGUACCCCUGCAUACUCCUCUACGGAGUGUUUACCUUAAUAGUUAUUUUUUAGAUCAACGAAGAUUUAUAUUGAAUUACCGUUGCGAACAAAAAUUUACAUCAAAAUGAACGAUAAAUUGACCAAGCUUCGUCCAUGUCGUGUCUUUUUGUUGUGGCGUUACUCCGGCCAAUGCACCCAAUCCCGAUACCAAUUCUUCCGGUCCCGGAGCGCCAACAGCGCCAACGGCACCAAGGCCAGCUGCUCCCGGCAUCAACAUUCUCAAAAUUUUGAAAGUUUUUUUUUUAAACUUAUUUCACAAGAAAUAUCUCUCCGUCUUUGGUUUUUUUUCUCUUUCUCUUUCUUUCUCUCUCUCUAUUUAUUUACUCUUCUUCUUAGCGUAUAAUAAUAUCACAGACAAUUGGGCACGUGGCGCGGAAUGAUUUCUUUUUCUUCGACGAGUUGCGAGUCGAAACAGCCAGCCAAAUUCGAGAGAGCGAAACAGCAAAUCAGAAAAUGAAAGUAAAAGAGAAUCGGCGGAGUGUGGAAAAAAAAAAAAAAAAAACGAAACAAGAAACGGAAACAACACAGGGCUGAGUAUAGUCAGUAACCCCCACACACACAA